UGUUGUCGGGACCACAAAUACCCUCACUUUUAUGUCGCUGGUAAAUUAGUGGAACGGGAAACCUCAGUCCCGGUUGGUAAUGAAACCCCUUUCACCUGUGACCUACCCCAUCGUCCAAUCAUGUUUGUCUUCUGUACCAGUGCUGCAGAUCACGAAAAGUCUCAGACAUUGAAAAUCAAAAUAAAGAGGGACCCGUCGGUUGUUUAUAUAGUAGUACAUGUCCUCUCCACGUAAGAGGAUGGCGACCUUCGUAGUCGAUCUUCUAAAAUAUUAGGUACUCUGUACGGACAGGGUUGACAAAGGAGAGAAAAAGAAAAAGACAAUGGAUGUGGUUGCAAGUUUCCUCGAGGAACGAGGACCUGUCCUUGCAUCCAUCGCUAUCAUCUUCACCUCCGUAUUCCUCGUGAAUAUACUAUUUGGCAACGGCAGCAGCACAGCGCCGCUGGUGGGCGAAGAGUAUGGAAGUGCAUCAAAGCGAAGAAAAGCGUUCGUGACGCGGGGUUUGGAAUUUUACAAAAAGGGUUACGAAUCAUUCAAAACUAAGGCAUUCAGAGUGACUACUCUUGAUGGCGACCGUAUUGUCCUGCCUCGAAGACUUAUGGAGGAAGUGAGACAGCUGCCGGACGAUGUUAUUAACAUCGACAAGGCUUUCGAUGUUAUCAACGAGCACCACCUUCUUGGUAUAGGUAGACCACAGGUUUCGACUCUGGUAUUUAAUGUCGUUCGAGGAGACCUCACCCGCAGUCUAGUGCGUAUCAACCCCCGACUCUCGGCGGAGACUGAGCGGACUAUUCGCGAGGAGUUGCCACCAUGCGAUGACUGGACCUCCGUGGUAGUCUACCCGACAAUUCUGCGUAUGGUUGCUACAAUAUCUGGUGCUCUGUUCAUUGGUCCCGAGCUGUGUCGGUCGGAGGAGUACUUGAAUGCUAGCAUCGGAUAUACGUUAGACUACGUCAACAGUAUCCAAGGGCUUAAGAAGUGGAACCAAUGGUUGCGACGGGUCGGCCGAUAUUUUACUCCCGAAGUCACUAAGCUCUAUGAAGAUCGCAAGAAGGCUCAUACUUUUCUGCAGCCUGUUCUCGUAAAGCGCCGUGAAAUCAUGAAACAAGGCGGAGAAGUUUCUGACGAUGCUUUACAAUGGAUGAUGACGAAGGCCGACGAGUUGGGUUUUAGCGACGAAGUAAUCGCUGAAGCGCAGCUAAACCUCAGCAUGGCCGCCAUUCACACCACCUCGCUCACGGUUACCAUGAUCCUUUACGACCUUGUAGUCAGACCCCAUAUAGUUGAGGAGCUACGAGAGGAGAUUAAGACUGUUCUUGCUCGUCACGACGGUGUUACAACCAGUCACGCUCUUUUCGAGAUGAAAUUGCUUGACAGUGUCAUGAAGGAGUCGCAGCGGAUGAACCCUGCUAACCUGGUCCGAUUCACACGAUAUGUCCAAAAGUCUGUUACUCUUAGCGAUGGUACUUACCUCCCUGCUGGCUAUUUGAUCGAAUCGCCGCACGCGCUAGCUGUUAUGGAUCCCGAGUUAUACCACAACCCGGAGGAAUUCGACGCUCAUCGAUUUUUAAAUCUGCGAAAUGGCACGACGAAAGAUACUCUGGGAUACAAGAACAAGGAACAAUACCAAUUCGUGACGGUGACCAAGGACUUCAUGCAUUUCGGAUACGGCCGUCACGCGUGCCCGGGCCGCUUCUUCGCCGCCAACGAGAUUAAGCUGAUCCUCGCGCGUAUCCUUCUCGAGUACGACUUCAAGAUGCCCGAGGGCCUUACGGAGCGCUAUGCCAACAUCAACAUGGGCACCGACGCUCUUCCUGACCCGACUAAGGAGGUGUUAUUCAAGCGAGUUAGUGCUACAGCGUAAAAUGGAGUAAUAUACUGUAGUAUUUAGUCGUGUUACAUUAUCUCAUAGACCUGAUUGAUUCCGUGUUUAAACUAGAUAUAACUAGCACAGGAUGGGGAACGUCAAGCGCAAUGAGAAUGGAAGGUCUUGCAUUAUAUAGCCAUAGAUGAGACAUGAUUACAGACUCAUA